AAUAAGGAAUGUAAAAUCGCGUUAAAGUAAAAUAAACCGUAUAUCUGAGGGCAAAAUGCCUCUGGAGGAUAUAUUGAACGUGUAUUUUGAUAGAGCUCUACAGGUAGCGUUUCAUAAUCUCCUACUGCAUUUUUGUCCAAGGAUAACAUCUUUAAUUUCACUAAAAAUUGAAAAGGAAAAUCGAUUUCAAACAUUAAAAACUGAAAAGCUUUUGUAAUCUGAACGCAUUUAAAACUUUCGCGGCUUUGUUAAUGUAGUAAUCAAAAUGGCUGUCGAUAAAAUAUUUGAAAACGAAGAUUAUAUCAUUGUUAACAAACCGUACGAUAUGUACAUUAAUUCGGAUAAUGAAAAUGAAAAAAACACAGUAACGUGUCACAUUGCAUCACACGACUCCCACCUGUCCAGCUCAACAAACCCGCUGUACUUCGUGCAACGUCUCGACUACUCAACCAGUGGGAUACUUUGUAUAGCCAAAAAUAAGACUGCGGCGGCUCGUGCCGGCAAGCUUUUCGAGAAGAGGCUAACUAGGAAAUAUUAUUUGGCGAUCGUUCGGGGACAUAUUUUAGGAUUCGAGCUAGCCGAUAUACAUUAUGCUGUGGGCGUGGACCCUUCUCCGCAAAGCGCUCACAAGAUGUCACCCGUGAUAAGCUCUGCUAGUUUGAGUGGGGAGCCACGCGCUGCGCACACCAGAAUGUUGGUGUUGGAGACUGGCAGCUACUGUGGUGAUCCCGUCACUGUAGUGCUACUGAAACCUAUCACAGGUCGUCGCCACCAAUUGCGGGUGCACUGCAGCGCAGUGGGUCAUACGAUUCUGGGAGACUACACGUACACUAAUAAAGUUGACAGCACGCCACACCGAAUGUUUCUGCACGCCACAAGGUUAAUAUUGCCAUUUCUUCAGGACCCCCUGGACAUACAAAGUCCUGAACCGUUCUUCACUGAUUUGGAGUUCAGCCGUAAAUGGAAACCUGGCAAGAAGUUUUAUAAGUAUAAGACGCAAGAAGAUUUUACUGCCGUUUGUGAUGUUAUUGACAAAAAUUACACUGUGGGUAUCAAAUAUGAAGAGUUUUGUUUUAAAAAAUAAACACAA